CACGUAUCCAUUCUGGCACAUUGCCACGCACGGCCUUUCACGCCGUUUGCCACGCGCCUACCGCACUUUCAUUUCGCGACAGCCGCCAUGUCUACACCGCAUGCCACAUCAACGCGUCAGCAGCACCCCCUCAUCGUGGGUCCGAAGGAAAUCAGGUUGCGUGACCUGCCCGAGCAUACGUCUGCCGCGCCAAAACGUUUGUCUGCGCCGUCUAUCGCGCCGUCCAAGAAACACAAACCCACACCAACGCGUCAGCAUCUCACCCCCAUCGUGGGUCUGGAGGAUAUCAGGUUGUAUGGCCCGUCCGAGUACACUUCUGCUACGCCGAAGCGUUUGUCUCCGCCGCCCAUCGCGCCGUCCAAGGAACACAGACCCACACCGUUCGCCUCUUCGAAGCAAAGUGCAGGCACGACUACCGGGUCUAGCGUGCUGAAGGAGAGUCCGAAGAACAAACCUAAUAAUUACAGGGAGCUCCCCAACGAAGCUCUCCGUGCGCCAUUCUUAGACGACAAGGACGCCGACGGGAACUUGAUCGUCCGCCCAUGCUCGACCAAAAAAUGCAGCGGAAUUGUGUUCAUCGCCAUGCGGUACAAACUAUGCGACAAGUGUCGGAAGAGGUCCAGGGACAAUGCUCGGCGGAGAUAUCUACAGGCUAAGGAGAAGGCGAGAAUGUCAUCUCCGUCCAAGGUGGAGGACGAUCUCCCCGUACAAGACGCCAGCGCGCUCACAGUGGAAGAGCGCUUCGGGAAUUUCAUGCGGCAGCUGCGUACCUUGGGAAAGCUCAAGACCGCCAUCCUCGGCAAGCGAAAGGCUACGGAUGACUCGGACUCUCCUGCAGGUGGUUCAGCGAGCGUCAAGAAAGCGCACCUCGAUAUUCCGGAGUACCGCACUGAGGGCGAUCUGUUUGGCGCCUUCGCCAAGGCCGUAGCUGCCGCGCGUCUCAGCGAGACUCCGGGUAGGUUCGCCAUGCUGGUCGACUUUCGAGGUUGCUACUGCGUGGUCCGGGAUCUCGACGACCUAGAUGCUAAGGGCCGUAUCGAGAAGGUCGUGGACGUGGCCAUAAAGAAAGCUCGUCUUCCUAUCAGGUGAGGGUUACCCGCGCCGC